AUGCCUUCCGGUCUUCCAACCGCCCCAGACUCGGAAAUCGGCCUUCAGCCGCCCCCCGUCUUCGCGCCGAAACCAGGCCGGCCGGGAGUCCCAGCGGCGCCCGUGAUCGGUGACAGUCCUGUCAUCUUCAACCCCAUCAUCAUCAUCUUGAUCGGAUACCUGGAGGAGGUGAGCCCGAAUGGCUUACAGACCGCAGUGGCAAACGCUCGCGAGAAGCUGCCCGACUUCAUGGACAAGCUCAACAUUACAGACGCUCGUUCCUUCCUCGAGUUCGCCAACGACCUCUUGAAGUGGAUUCCUCAUGAGAACUAUGAGGGAAAGGACAUUUACGACAUUCUCUGCAUGUUUUUGUCCUUGGCCAGGAGCCACUAG